AUGGCGGCGGGUAAUGGCGGCGCGGCGCUGAGGGGGGGAAGAGCAGCGGCCGUCCCGCACCGCCGCCAUCGCCAUCACCUUCCGCCAUCGCCCCGCGCCGCCGGCCGGCGGAGGGAGGGGAAAGGCGCCGCUUCCGCCGCGGCGGGGCGGGCCUGGGCGGAGAGCGGCGGCACGGCGGGGCCCGGUGCGGCCAUGGCAGCGAAUCCCAUCGUGAUGUCCAAGCAGCGAGAGGAGGUGGUACGCGGGGUGCCGACAGAGGUGGUGUGCACGGCGUUCUCCAACUCCGUCCUCGUGGUAGUCACGCAGUACGGCAAGAUGGGCACAAUCGUCUAUGUGGACCCCAACACAGUGGGUGACAACGUGGGCAGGCCCUCGCUCACCACAAAGGUGCUGCUGGGCAAGGACGAGCCCCUCGUUCAUGUUUGUGCCAAAAACCUGGUGGCAUUUGUGUCUCAGGAAGCUGGGAACAAACCCGUUCUUCUCGCCAUGGCUUUAAAGGACAAGACCAUGGAAGGAAUACAAGCUCUACGGGAAGUGAUCCGAAGUUGCCAAGUGUGGUGAAGUUGUGCCAUCUGGAUUCAAGGAAAUGAUCUUGAGUCUGUGACUCAUCACCACCUAUUUAAAAGGACAAGAAAUGAAAAUGAUGGAAUGUCUUUGUGCUGGUUUUGGACGAACUGAGGAAUUUCAUGAAUUUUUCUCUACUGUGUAGAACAUUUGUGGGUUUUGUUACUGUGACAGGUUUGCAGUCCAUACAGUCAGUGAUGAGACGACGGCAAUUGUCUCAACAUGCAAGAGAAGUGUUAUUUUAAUCACACUGGGUGGGCUGUAUAUUUGGGAAGUGGCGUGGCUCUUGCGUUUGUAUCCUGAGGAGCGAUGGAUGCCAAGCUCUGGAGCUACGCUGCACCGCAGAGGGGGAACACCCAGUGCAGGGUGAAUAAAAAGAAACAUUGACAAAUCUAA